GAGACCAAUGCGUAGCGGGGGUGAACCUGCCGUGGCAGCGAUGGGACGAGCACGGAGAAAUGACAGCUCGUGCGGCAGGAAUUUAAGCUAAAACGCGUCCCAGCGCCAGGCAGGAGGAGCGCGGCUGUCUGUCGAACUAUGUGACAGCAGACACUCGUCCCCCUGGAGACGUUACCAUGUUUUCAUUUAUUUUUAAAAUCAAAGAAUGGAUCUGGUGAAAUGGGUUCUGAAGUUGACCCGGCGGUGUCCUCUGGAUGUUGCAGGGCUGCUCUGUCUGAAACUCGACUAGAUUUCAGCGCUCGUGGGCAUGCUACCUCUCUCUGUGGGACUGUGAAAUACAGUUGCAGCUGUAGUGGAGAAAUAACGGGAACCGGUGUGCAGGAGCUAACGGAAUUACCUCUCUGACCGAAGAAACUGUGUGAGCCACUGCUCAGUCUGAAAUUUCUCCAGGAUCUCGCCCUGCUGAGGAGACUUUCCUGUGAAUUGUUUUAUAGACCUCUGGACGUUGUUGUGGAUUGUGUUGCUAUUUAAUGCAAUGGGCUGUAUCCAGAGUAUCAGGUGUAAGCCCAAGAGUUUCCGAGACAGUAUCAUCGUCCUGGAGGUGAACAGUUCCAUCGACCCCAACCCCACCAGCAUCGACGAGUCAUCCAGCGUGGUGCUGCGCUACCGGACACCGCACUUCAGAGCGUGUGCCCGGGUUCUGGUGCCGCCAGUAGCCGUUAAAGAGACAUGGACCAUCGGCUGGAUUCAAGCGUGUAACCACAUGGAGUUCUACAAUACUUAUGGAAACAAAGGGAUGUCAAGUUGGGAGCUCCCCGACCUUCGUGAUGGGAAAAUCCAAGCCAUCAGCGACUCAGACGGGGUCAACUAUCCUUGGUACGGCAACACCACAGAGACCUGCACUGUCGUAGGCCCCACCAAGAAGGACAACAAGUUUACCGUUAGCAUGAAUGACAAUUUCUACCCCAGCGUGACCUGGGGCGUGCCCGUCAGCGACAGCAAUGUGCCUCAGCUUAGCAGCAUCCGCCGCGACCAGAGCUUUACCACCUGGCUUGUGGCGAUCAACCAGGCCACGUCAGAGACGCUCGUCCUACAGACAAUCCGCUGGAGGAUGCGGCUCCACAUCAGAGUGGACCCAGAGAAGCCUCUGGGCAACCGGGCUGUCCUGAACGAGCCCGUGGCCCAGGACCAGCCUCAGAUCCUGGGCAAGAACGAGCCCAUCCCCACUAACGCCAUGGUCAAGCCUAACGCCAACGAUGCCCAGGUGCUGAUGUGGCGGCCAAAGAAUGGUGACCCUGUGGUGGUCAUCCCACCCAAAUAUUGACCUGCUUCACUGACCAGACUGGCCUUGGAUACCUUAACAGUAUCAUCUCUUAUUAUUUUCUUUUUUUAUGUUCCUGCUCAUCACCAGCUCUCACUGCUUUAACCUUUUCUCUCCUUUUUGCCUCAAAAUUCUCCUCUUUUAUGUUUCAAACGGCUGAAAAAAGGAAAAAUGGGCCGAGACUAAGACACCAGCUUUGAGAAUAGGUAAAGCUGGAGAAAGCUUCGAGCCGAGGGCUUGAACUUAAAACUGGAGUGAACAAACUGCAACCAUUCUACCUUCAGACUGGGUCGGGUCGCACUGUGCUAAAUGAAAUCAUUACAAAAAUGAAAAACUAGACAAUUUCUUUGUUUUUUAUCUCAGUUUUAUAUAUUUUGGCCACAUGGGUCAAUUGUUUUGAGUUUGUGAUUGUGGGUGAAUUUAAGUAUUUACAUGUCCAUGACCAUGUCUGAGCACAUGCUACAUACGUGGACAUGUGCAAACCUUGUGUAUGAAUACCAGUUGUGUUUUAAUUUAUAGGCUGGGAGAGAGUGCAUUGAAUUCUAUGUGUUGAUUUUGUCCUUUACUACAAGAGACAUAUUGUAUUGGGUGACAUACUAGAUUUUAGUACUUUUUUUAAAAACAUGCAAGACAUUCAAUCCAUGCUGCCUUAAGUUUACAUCGCUUUCCACUGCAAACGUAUUCGCCUUAAACAAAGUGCAAUGCAGUAUUUUGUUCAUUUGUCCCGGCUCUUCCAGACCAUUGGUGCUGGCAUGUGUGGGUUUAGGACAGGAACGACACCACAGAGGAAGACCCGGGAGUGGGUACAGUCUAGGCUUUAAGGUUCAGGUGCAGAUGUGUCGUCUCAAGAGUACAUUUAGCCCCAUGUGUUGACACAAUUGUGUUUCAAGUGCAUUGCUGAAUAGAAGAAAACAUCAGCAGAGCUAAACCUUUUCAACAGCAACCAACAAGGUAACAUGCAAUAACAACUAAAGCAAAUACGACUUACAAGCACUCCCUCUUUAACCUUGUUUAUUUCUUUAUACUUGGCCUAUAGGCACUUGUAGCAUUCAGAAUCUGACAUAGGUCUUCCUUUGGGUGUAACAUUUCAUCUCAGGGCCCUAUUUUCACUUCCCUCUCUCUCUUUUUUCACUAUCCUGUCUGGCCUCCUCUUUUGUGCCAUUGUGAAUAACUGAGUGUUUGCAUUGCUCAUCUAACAAUCAGUACUUUGAUUAAUAUGCAUCUACAGGGUGAAUAUCUUGUAAUAACUGGAGAAUAGAAACAGCAGGAUAUCUGCUGAGCUGUCGGUUACUUUUUUCUCAGUUUGUCUGACAAUCUUACACAGAUUGUACUUAUUUUUGUUGCCUUCCUUAGAAUGAAUACCACCACCUUAUUUUCAUAAAUACUGAGAUCAAGACACGUUUGUAGCUCCUGUUAACAGUCUUUGACUCAUAUCCUCAAGCAUAAGCGUCAUUUACACCAGAGUUCUUCCGCUCCCUCCUGCCUCACUCUUUUCUGUCUUUCGUGUUAUUUGUAUCUGUUGUCGAGGCUGAAAAGCAGAGCAGAGGAAGCAUGCAAGUUUGAUCCUGACUGCUCGGUUGGCAUAUAGAUGACCCACUUCCCCUGCCUUGCCAGUUGCAGCUCUCGCUGCAGAAAUGUAGGGCUUGUCUCCCUUUAUUACACCGCCAGCAAAUGUAAGACACAAACAUGCAUAAAUAAACAGCUCUGCUCAGCUAAAUAACAAUGAUAAAUGAGAUGGUGACUAAUAAACUGCUAAUCUGCGAGAAGGGCUGCAAACUCGAACUUUUAAAAGCAGAAAAAAACACGAAAUACACACCAGAGCUUUUUAUCUCCUCGUCAUGGGAAGAAAAUUAGAGUAAUAAGUAAUUCAUGUACACAGGCUUUACUGAGAUCGUCUUUUGAGCUCCCUGUGAUUAUUUUAAGAUGUAGAAAGCAUCUUGCAAGUUUGGCAAACCGUGUUGUGGAUCCAAACAAAGACAAAAUCCUCAAGUUUAACCUAAGCUAGUAUUUUCAAAGAUCAUAUAGCUGCAGCUGUUUCAGUAUAUUAGCAUCUUUUAUACCAACAAAAGCAUUUAUCCAUCUAACUUGUUUCAGGCUACAUUGCUUUUCACAUUAAAAAACAGAAUGAUAUUGUAAUUUAACUCAGCAGUCUUUUGAUUUGGCUGUAUGCUAAAUUUUAGCUUGCACUUGCCAAACCAGAAGAAGGGGUUAAAAGAUAGCUUUGCUUAAUUGCAACUAAAUGCACAAAAUUCUAAUAAUAAACAUCUUACAUCUUAUUUAUUGCUUCCAUACAAAAACCAAAUGGUAGAAAUGACUACGAUAAUCUAUAUGUCUAACAGGAUGUGCCCCCUGUCUUGAAGCUAGGCUAAUCUAGCUUAACCAUUUUCUGGCUCUAGAGUUUUAUAACUUCUAAUCUAGUUCUCAGCAAGAAAGCAAAUAUUUCCAAAACAUCCUACUAUUUUUAACAUGAUUGAAACAGCGGUAAAAUGACAACAAUAAAUCAAACUGUGGAGCAUUAGCAAGUUUACAGCUCUGCUGUGAAAUUGUUGACUUAUGGCCUAUGUCCAUACACACAUUUUGUUUUGUGACUGCACCAUGACGUCAAUUUCAGAGCUCUUCUAAUCUGUGUUAACUGUUAUAAGUUUAUGAAACCUUCCUUCUUUUAGUUGGCUGCUAUUAAGUUUUCAGAAAAAUUGCUAUUUACACCUCAUAUUUGCUUUUGUUUGAUUGAAUUUACAUUGAAAAUGUGAAAACAAUUAACUGAAACAGUACCAUAGCAUUAGCAGCAGCUCUAGACUUGGAAACUUUACCCAAAAUAGUUUCUGCUCUGUACAGACAUCUGCCAUUGCAGUUGACAAAGUUGAUAUUUGAAAUCCUGCACCUACUUGAUUUUGAUUGGAUGAUGAUUAAAAUGAGACAUUGAAGGGUGCAGUGGUAUUCCAAAAAUGUGACUAAACAGCUAAUGCUGAGUGCUGAAAUGCUUCACUGCAUUGAUUGUGUUCAGAAACCAAGUAGCACAAAAUAUGCUAUGAGUGGACACAGGUCCUAAUAUACCAAACUUUGACCAGCUCAAAUAUCAAUUUGUGAUGUAUAUUUGAUGCCAGCAGCUAAACAGUUAUUUCCCCAAAUUAUAACUACAUUGUACAUUACACACAUGACUGCAUUCGACCCAUCCAUUUGGCUGUGUAACCGCAAUAGCCUGUGCUUGGUUUCAAUGUGGCUUUGUGGUGAAGGGAGAGGAAGAUGUUGAAAAGCUAUUGGGGGACUGCUGUCAUAAUUAGACCUGCAGUGACACACUUACAUGCCCUAGAUGGACUCAACUGUUCUGAGGCAUGCUAUGUAACCUAAGGGCUAGCUGACCCAGACCUUUGCUGUUUAACUUCACUUAAACAUCACCCCGAACUCCAAGGUCCUUAACGCACUCAAAGACAGUCCAGUGGCUUGUGGGCGAAUGAAUAUGAAGGUGGCAACAACUUUAAUCUAUUUAGACGUUAGAGCCAGCUUGAAAUAACGUUGAUAUUUUGCCAAGCACAACUUGGAUGUCAACCGCAAAGAAAGCUGUAGUUCAUAUUUUUGGACUCCAUGACCCUUCACCCAACGUAGUGGGGCUAUUUUGGCAUGGCCAACUGCCUAGUAGUGUCUUGCCAUGACCUAUGGACACUGAUAGUACUCAAGCUGGACUAAAAGUAAUGUAAUUAAACCUUGACAUGCAGAGAGAGCUGCUCACACGAUGUGUGUGCAUGUGAAAUCCCAUUUGCAGGGAUUUAGGCAGGUCAGGGAGUUUCUCUGAUGCAUCGCGACUGUUGAUUAGUCAUGAUUCUUCCUCUUUCUGUCUUUCCCUCUCAUAUACACAUGGACAGUGUAGGGAAGGUAGCGUCCUUGUCAGUGAAUAGGGACAGACAUUGUCCUCCUCAACACACACACACACACACACACACACACACACACACACACAGAAACACACACUCACACAUACACACACAAACACCUCCAGGGGAAAGGAGCAGGCCUGGUGUGGUAUCUGAUUGUCACAGCAGUGUCACAUUGGCAGUGUGAACUCGUUUGUCGGCCCUGCACGUGGCCCAUCUGAUGAACACAUGCACAUGCUACAAAGCCAUAUGCACAAACACACACUUGUUUAGUUGUAUGUAAACAGGGAGUGAUAAAUGUACCUGUCUGUGUUGUUAAACGAGAGUAUUAAUAUGAAAGUGAAAUGAAAGUAUUGGGGCUAUUAAUUAGGUGCCUGUCAUUAAUCAUCAGCAUUUCAUGUUACAUUUUAGAAAAAGGGCACUAAAUUGUUUAUUCUCUAUGUGUGUGUGUGUGACACAGUUGAAAUGUGUCAGUGAUGUGUAUUUAUGUUCACACACAAGAAAAACUUUCAAAUAAUGUUUGUGCUUCCUGAAUUAAGCCACAGAAAAACAAAAAUUGCACAUUGUUGGUUUGCUGUAUGGAAGGCCAAAAGUGCCAAAAAUUGGAUAGAGCCAAAACCGCUGCAGUAGGCCGAUGAGGGCAUUGUUAUUAGUACAACAAAAAACUCUUGUCACAUGAUAACAAGCUUGUCUUGGGUUGUUUUGGAUAAUUUGAGGCUUUUAUAAAACAUGCAUUCACAUGAAAAAACAUCCAAACAUUUAAUUGUAGCCAUUUGGAAGGGUGUUAGUCGCAGUGUUUUCUGCUUGUCAUGCAGUGCCAAGUGAAGGAAAGCCUCCUGUCCUAAACCUACACCUUUACAGUUCUUAUGAGGGCUGCUAUCGUUUCUCCACACCUUUAUGUUGUUAUUUAACCCCCCAAUGAAACAUCCUCCUUUUAUUUAAACCAGUAAUACAUCCCAAAGUUCACACUCAGGACCGCCUGCCUUCAUUUCCCGGCUUUUCCUGUUUAGUUUUAUCCCGAUGCAAAAGAGAAGUUACUUUCACUUUCUCUGUUCUAUUUCUUUUAGAAGUAAAAUCAACACAAUCACAUGGUUCAAGAACAACCCUAAAUGUAGCACAAAAGAUGAUAUGGGCAGCCAUGUGUGUUUCUCAUGUUGUUUGGUUUGUUUUCUUAAAAUACAGCACUGAAAUAGUCAAUUUCUGUUCUUUUGUUUAGCUUUGACUUUUCCACCAAUACUUGAAAAUGGGUCAGUUCUGGCAAUUAUUUAAAACUGUGAAAAUGCACAACACUGGGGAAAAAAUAAAAUAUAUAAAAAUGUCUUUUUCAUGAAUGAAUAAAAUGUGCAAAAUAUGGUACUAUA